AUGAGCCUAGUGGUUGUUGACAUGCAAAAAGUGCGGGUUCUGGCCGCUAAAAACCGAUCAGUUUUGGGUAUAGAACGUUUAAGAGUGAUUGGACAGUGUGUUGGUGUCAAUUCUCAGCAUGAAGAUGCAGAUGAGGUGCAAUUGGUGCUACAAAACCUUAAAGAGCUGGAUCAGGAGAUUGGGGGCCCACUGGAGAUUUCAGUGAGCGAAGAAGGCCGUUGCGGACGGUGCUGGACGGAUGGAACGCUGAUUGAAGGCAGCGUAUGCGAUGUGCGAUGUUGUAUUGUAGAGGGACGAGUGGAGGCUAUGGACGUAAGGGUAUGGUCGUUGGCAGAGCUCAGAGCGUUCAAGGAGUUCUGGCAGAGUGAUGUGGGAGCCAAAUGGCGUCGCAUAAGCGAAACGCCCCAGUGA